AUGUCGAUGACCGACCGCCUCAAGGAGUACCACCGGACGCUUCGCCAGAAGAGGGGAGAGGAGCUGUCCAUGAAACAAGUGGCCGGAUCCUUUGGGGGUCUCUACUUGGUCAUCCACAUGUUGCAGUACUUCGACAUUUGGACGCUUUUGCUGCUGAUGGUGGGCAUUUACUUCGUGUACAGGCAGAUCCAGGAGAACUGGGACAAGAUCAUGGCCGCCUUUACUCAGGAGAGCCCUCCUGAGCGGGUCGCCGUGUCCGGCAAGAGCUCCAAGCCCAAAGGGCUGCAGGGGGCCCUCUCAGUGUUCCAGGCCCCUGGAAACCACGGGGAGGACCGGGAAGCCUUCGAACGGACCGUGGACUUCCUCUCCUCAGUGCCGUUAUUCAAGAAGCAGUUGCCGAAGUCCGAGUUGCCGAAGGUAGCGCAGGAGUUGAAGCGAAGGACUUGGCAGCCGGGUCAGCAGUUGGUGAGACAGGGCGAGGUGGGCAGAGCACUCUUCCUCAUCGAGUGUGGUGAAUGCACAGUGGUCACCCGCGAGACGCCCCAGUCCCCGGAAGUCGUCCGCACGACUCUGGUGGCCGGAGACUACUUCGGAGGGCACACCCUGAUCAACGAGCGCUGUGGCCACCAUCGUCGCCGGCGGCGGCUCUAA